AUGACGUCAAGAAGCUUAUUCGAAACCUUGAACUAUAAUCUUCUAAAUGAAAUUGCUGAAUUUUUGAAACCACAUGAAAUAGUUGCAAUUUUAAGCGUAAACAAGCACUUAAAUAAGUUUUGAAAUAGCAAUAUUACUGACAAAAUUUUCCCUGGUUUAGAAAGCAGUGGAAAUUUAAACCCUUGGAUCCGAUGGAAACUGACCAAAAUAAAAUACCUAGAGACUGAAAAUCUUGAUUUGCCUAUUAAAAGCAUAUGGCUUCACAAAAAUAACUACCCUCUCAAAAUCUCAUUUGACCCUCUAAAAAUCAUUCUUUUUCAGCACGAUAAUUUCAUUACAUGAAUUCCAGAAUCCGACAAAACAAAAAGCAUAAAAGUUGGGAAUAAAGAGGAUUCUGCUUAUUUAAGUGCUUAUGAAAACAAUAAUCUAGCAGUUUUAUACACAAAUAGCAAGCUGGUAUUUUAUUUACACCCCCUCCAUGAGCAGACAAAACCACUGGAAAAAUCCCUAUUUUUGGAAAAAGCCCACCACUCUCCGUGAACGAACAAAAAUUUUUUAAUAGAAAAAAUUUUGAUAUAUAAGUGAUAAUUAUAAUGCAAUCCCUAUAUAAUUUUAAACGCCUUGCAUUUUAAAAAAUAAAUUUGUGAUCAAAUAGAUAUUUGCUUUUCUAAUUAAGAUGUUUUAAAUUUUGAAAAAAAAAAUAUAUAUAAAAUUUAUAUUUAAAUAUUUUCUUCGGCGCUAAGGGGGGAGUUAGAUAAUGGAAUUAUUAGAGUUGAGAAUAAUUUAGGAAGCUGGAAUAGCCUUGCUUCGACCAAACUACUCUAUUUAAAAGGUGGGAGAUAUUUGAUUAUUGCCAAUAAAUUUAGUGAAAUUGCUUUUAUAGACAGUAUUACUGGGAAAAUUAUAAACCAGAUAAUAAUAUAUUUAUAUAUUUUUAUUUUAGCUUAAAAUAUUCAUAAUAAUAGCAAUUAAGAAUAACAAAGCAAAAGCUAGAAAGUCCUAUUGAAAAGCUAAAGCCGCUAACUCGAGAUACUCUAGUUUGUCUGUCAGGGAGGCAGCUUUGAGCAGUUUCUCCAUGAUUAGUUAAGCUUCUCAUUAGUUUUCCUGGUGAUAUGCCAAUUGAUUUUUGGUAUAAUAAAGAAAUUCAAAAAAUAAUCAUCCACAGCCCAUAUAGUAACUAUCUUUUUGAUAAAGACCCUUCCGUUAUAUUGAAAAAGUUUAGUGGGAAAAUUUUUCAUGUAAACAAGCGCUUUUUCACAGUUCCUUGCGAUAUGUCAAGUGAAAGAUUAGUUGUUGGAGAAGAAGACUCUCAAAUGCACUACGAAAUUCCAAUGAAUGGAGAGGUAUUUAAUAUUAUUGGAGAUAAUAAUAUGUUUGUAGUCCAUCUGGUUCAUUUUACUCCAGAAUGCCAAUAUAUUUAUUUUAUGUAUUUUUAUUUAUGAGGAGAAAGGCUGCCGUUUUAUGAAAAGCAUUUCUACAAAUGCUUUGAAAUUUUAGAUUUUAAAUUUCCAAACUUGAUUUACAUGAUAAUUAACGAUGAUGGUAUAAAUGACGUUUGUGCAAUGAGACUGUAA